GUAUUAGCAUCUGUCCUAGAAUUUGGAUAAAAGAUUUAAGGCUCUUGUAUUUAGGUGCUGAAAUAGUGUUUAUUAACAGUGGUUGGUUUUCUUAUUUGAAUUUCAUUGGAAUGUUUUGGUUAGGGUCUGAAAGUCUGAUAAUAUCUUAUGUUUUUGAUGAUAAUGAUACAUAUGCUCAUUAUUUUUAUUAUUUUAGUGGCAGUAAAGCUGGAGGAGUUGAUAUUUACGUGAAUAUUCAUGGUUCCAAUUUCGUAGUUCAGU